AUGAAUGAUACAGUUGAUUCCGACAAGUCAACUAAAGAAAAAGACAAGUCUGAAAGCGGUUUGGACGAGAAACUUAAUAAAAUUGUGGAAUGUUUCCAAACAAUGACUCAGGAACAAACGAGGAUGUGCAGAGCCUUCAUCCAGUUGGCUGAAUUGCAAAAGAAGGCGCUGGAGAGCAUUAUAGAUUACACCAAGCUGCAUAAUCUCAAGUCAGUGCAUAAAUGCAACGCUUCAAAACAAUACUUUGAAACUUCAUCAAUUUACUUAAGAAAAUCCUAAUG